AUGCUGUGGUUUUCGAGUGUUCCGUUUUUUGUGUGUACUUUAACAUGGAGUGUCUCUGGUCACCUCAUAAAACCCUCGGAAGAACAGAAACCAAUCAAUUAUACUGGGUGAGUCUUGAAUCUUCAAACCCCCGCCCCCCCAAAAAUUGAAAAAGAUUUUUUUACAGUUAUUCUUUGCUUCAAUUCAAAACUCAUGCGUCAUCUAAUUCAAUUAGUAAAAUUCAAAAGUUCAAUGUGCAAGUGAAUGAGGUACGUUUUUGUUUCACCAUACGCACUUUUGCACCAACACUGUAAUUGUUUGGUUUCAGAAAACAAACUCGGUCCGUCUUCUUAUUGAAAUCUGGGCAAAACCUUCAUUUCAAAAUCCAUAUGCCCUUGUUCUGGUUGCUCCCGAGUUUAUUGAUAAAUUCAAGUCCUUGCUCACUUGCAGUGAAACUGAAACUCUAAAAGAGAUUGAACGAAACAUUCAAAGGUACCCACUCUUCUGAACGUGAACCAUGCCCCCAAUAUUUGUGUUUUCAGCAAAAUCGAUGAAGAACAAACAGCAAUGUUCCGAGAUUCGAUCGGUCGGCAAAAAAGAUCCCUCAGCACUUGGUAUGAUUUUGAAGUCAGUGAAUAUCAUUCGUACGACCAGGUUAGCUUAAUUUACUUGCAUUCAUAAUAACCUACGAUUCGUUUUUUUUUGAAGAUGAGAGACUUUCUCACGUUGCUCUCAGAACAGAUCCCGGACACAGUGGAACUAGUACAAGUGUCUACCUCAUUCGAGGGAAGAAUUGUUUACGGUGUCAAGGUGAGACGGAACUAACCCGAAUUCUUUUUCCCGUGUUAGUCUAACGACAGAUUCUGCUUUUUAAAGAUCCAUCCGCUAGUGUCACCUCCAAACAAGUCCUCAAUCGUUGUCGACGCCGGCGUCCAUGCUCGGGAAUGGAUUGCACCAGCAGUGGCUCUCUAUUUGAUCAAAACAAUAGUUCUGCAAUACGGUGAAACAUCCAAUGUGACGGACAAUCUGAACAAAUUCGACUGGUACAUAAUUCCACAAGUCAAUCCUGAUGGAUACGAGUACAGCAGAACACAGGUACGAUAAUAUACAAAGAAGAAAACAAAGACUUGAAUAUCAUAAGGAUCGUUUGUGGCGAAAGACUCGAAGCUUCAACAGCACUGUAAGCAAACAUUGUUUUGGCUCAGAUGGGAACAGGAAUUGGGGAUAUCGUUGGGGUAAAUUCUUAUAAUACGUAAAAAUGAGUUAUUAAUUUUUAAACUUUGUAGGAGAAGUUGGCGCCACUCGUGAUCCUUGUUCGUAUCUUUAUCAAGGAAGUCAUCCGUAUUCGGAACCAGAAAUUGCAGGUGAAAAUAGCAGUUUUCAUUGAAAGCAAGAUUAUUUUAGGAUUGAAGCAAUUUCUCACAGAGCAAGUCAGUAAUCCAAUUGUCUAUGCCAGUUUGCACUCGUACGGCCAAAUCUUCUUAGCUCCAUGGGGUCACACAAAUAAUAAGACUGCCAACCAUGAUGAUCUGGUAUUGUGUGCCCUAAAAGAAACCGUGGAAAGCGGUUGUGACUGCAAACUGUGAAACGAUUUCAGAUAGACGCUGUCAGUGAGGCUGUUGCCGCGAUCAAUGCAACCACCGGAUCGGUCUAUAUUUACGGAACCAUUUCCGAAAUGAUGUGUUCGUCAAUCUAGUCUAGUUAAUAUAAUAACCCUUUUUUUUCAGAUCCGUCUGCAGGAUCAAGCAUCGACUUUAUGCAACACCGUGGAGUACCGUAUGUGUACGGCAUCGAACUUCCGCCCACUAAUGAAGUGAAUAAUUUUGCGUUUAACCUUCCACCAAAUCGGAUAAAGGAAACUGGUACUGUCUAUUGAUACACGACUUCGAACCAAUACGUUUUCAGGAGACGAGAUAUUAGCAGCAUUGCACGCGAUUGCAGAUCAUGCCGUCAAAGUUAAGAAUCUUUGA